AUGGCGAGGGAUAAGAUUCAGAUCAAGAAAAUCGACAACGUGACGGCGAGGCAAGUGACUUUCUCGAAGAGGCGAAGAGGGCUCUUCAAGAAAGCUCAAGAGCUUUCGGUCCUUUGCGAUGCCGACGUCGGCCUCGUCAUCUUCUCCUCCACUGGCAAGCUCUUUGAGUAUGCCAGCUCCAGUAUGAAGGAUAUACUCGAAAGGCACAAUUUGCAUGCCAAGAACUUGAACAAAAUGGAUCAACCAUAUCUCGAGCUGCAGCUAGUUGAGGACAGCAAUCACGCGAGGCUGAGCAAAGAAGUGGCCGAGAGAACCCAUCAGCUAAGACGCAUGAGAGGCGAAGAACUUCAAGGAUUAACCAUUGAAGAGCUGCAGAAACUGGAGAAGUCGCUUGAAGGUGGACUUAGCCGCGUUAUAGAAAAAAAGGGGGAGAAGAUCAUGAAAGAGAUCAGUCAUCUGCAGGAAAAAGGAGUGCAACUCAUGGAAGAGAACAAACAAUUGCGACUACAGGUGGUGAAUAUGUCAAAUGGAAAUAAGAAACCGGGAAAAACAGACUCACAGAAUGUGGUGUAUGAGGAAGGGCAAUCAUCGGAAUCUGUCACAAAUGUUUGUAAUUCAGUUGGCCCUCCACAAGAUUACGAGAGCUCGGAUACCUCUCUCAAGCUCGGGCUGCCAUACACUGGCUGA